AAAAAAAAAAAAUGGGGAAGAGUAUCAGUAAAAAUAAGCCGACAGCCAGUUUAAAAUCAAAUGACUGGAAAUAUGUUGAAGAUCGGGAUCCGCAUAAAAUAAAACAUUUAGAUAAAUGGAUAACAAACUAUAACUUUGACGGCCGUCUAAACUCACAAAAACUAACAGUACUACAGGAUAAAAUAAAACAAAAAACAAAUUCAAACCAAAAGAAAAUGCGUAAAGAAGGCUAUGAGGAUGUAAAAUUUUGGUUAGAAUUAGCACAAAACAGAGAAGAGGGGGAAAAGAAAUCAAAAAACCUGCUGUUUUAUAGACGGGAGGAUGAUGAGACAGGCCCUAGAAGUGUGAAAAGGCAGGCAGCGGAGCAGCAAGCAGCAGGAGGGGGAGGGGAAGUAGCUGAAGUUAACAGAUAUCAAAAUAACAAAGCAGAAGGGGAGAAACAAAUAGUACAAAAUACAAAACUAUACCCCGACUUGCCUUCACCACCACAAUAUGAAGAGAAAGGUAGUGAGGGGCCUAUCACUAGAUCACAAAAAGUAAACUUUAAAUGGUCUAAGAAUUGGGGGGAAGCUUUAGUGCAGGGAGCUACAGCUCCCACUGAGCCUUAUCGCCCUCCUCCUUGUUGCCCUUCAGAAGAGCCAAAUAAUCAGCCACACACAACUGGCCUUUAUCCUAUGAUUCAAGUAGCAAAUCCGAAUGCAGGAGAAGAUGGAGCAGCGCCCACGAUUCUAGUAUAUAGAACGUGGACCCUGGAGGAUAUAAAAAAGGCGCUAGAAGGGAUCACACCUCUUAAAGAGGAUGUGAACCGCUUUGUUGAAGACAUGAAUAACAUACGUGAAUCUUAUCAUUUAAAUGGAAAUGAGGUUCAACAGGCCUGGAUGACUGCUCUAGGCAGUGACUGGCAUCAUGUUCGAGGAGACUGGACCCCAUUGUUAGCAGGGAACCCUCCUCAAGUUCUUGCACACAAUAGUAAUGAAUUAACAAACAGAGUUAAUGCUUUAGCAGCAAGGACAGUUCAAAGAUAUCAACGCAGAGCAAAUUACACUGAGAUAAGCAGAGUCAAACAGAAGGAGGAAGAAUCGUUUGAUGAAUAUAGCCUGAGAAUGACAAAAGUAUUUAAAACACACAGUGGGUUAGUGGAAAAUAAUGAUGACAAUGGUCCAUAUAAGCAACAGCUAAAAAAUGCAUUACAUGCAGGGUCAAAAGAUGCGAUUAGAGCGUGGGUAGCUAAACAUUACAUAGGAUUGGGGACUGGGACUUUAGACGAAUACAUUAACCAUGCUAUACACGCAGAAAAGGUCUCAAAAGAAAAGAAAAAGGUUUCAGGAGCCUUUUUCCAAGAUGAGGAGCAAAUAUUUUACCAAGACAGGAGAGGCAGAGGAAGCUUUAGGGGUAGAAGUCAAAACCCCAGAGGACAGAGAGGGAGAAUGGGAAGAGCAAACUACAGACAAAAUAAUUACAGACAAAAUAAUUUCAAACAAAAUGAUUUAGGAUGUUGGUGUUGUGGAAAGGAAGGACACAUAGCCAGACAUUGCCCAGAAAAAUACAUAGAUCAGUCAGCAUGACUAGAAUCAGAAAGUUUAGAGAGUGAAGAGGUAAAGAUUAGUGGGGAAACUGUCGUCGUGAGGUCAGCUGGGGGAAAAUUAACGCAAGUCAAUGAAUCAGAGCCAGUCUGGCUUAGAGAUCCACAGGGACAAGCUUGCCAGUUGUCCAUUUUGAUGCUCCCAGAAUGCCCAGUAAACUUAUUAGGCAGAGAUGGCCUUAUACAGCUAGGUUUAGCUUUAAUUCCAACCACUGAUGGGCACAUAGCAGUUAAAAGGCAGUCAGAAAUGAAAAAGGGAGAUUUCUUUGUUGUUAAGGGAAAUGGAAAUCCACACUAUUGUUAUACACUAGAAGUGCCCUGUAGACCCCCGCAUAACUUUGCUCAGGCACUCCUGACAGAGGGAGAUAAAGCCAUCUCUGCCCUACAGGAUCAAAUGCCUCCUGACAAUUUACACAUAACUCUUUGGUUCAGGAAUGCGGCUGGGCCUGACAAGAUUUAUGAAGACAGGCUCAACAAGGUCACUCCAGCUAAAAUCACAGUGACCUAUCUGUAUACAGAUACAAAACACACAGCCGUUGCAGCUGUUGCUCUUCCUGAUGAUUUAAAAUCUUUAGACAGAACGCAGACCUCCCCGCAUGUCUCUCUGUUUAAACAAAGAAAUGAGCAGUGGAAUCAAUUAGGUAAUCUUGUUGAGGAAGGAGAAGCAGCUACCGAUUGGGUAACUACUUCCUCAAACAUAGAAACUAGUGCUUCCACUGGGUUAACUAGAAAAGCAUUGUUCUGGACAACAUGGGUGCAAAAGGGACAACAUUUGUACUCCAAACAAAACUGACAAAUGUUUCUUACAGAAGAAGAGGAAGUCCUUUUAAAAGACGUUCCUGAUAAAUUAUGGUCAAAGGGGCCCACAGAUGUGGGUCUUGUCAAGGAAGCCUUGCCAGUACAAAUUAGACCCAAAACAGAGUUUAGACCAAAAGUUAAGCAAUAUCCUUUAAAAACAGAUGCACAGGAGGGAAUAAAGCCAGUAAUUAAAGACCUUAUUGAGGCAGGAGUCAUAGUGCAGUGUGAAAAUUCUCCAUGUAACACUCCUAUUUUUCCUGUUAAAAAACAACCACCUUCUGUUGGAUGGCGCAUGGUUCAAGAUUUACAAGCAGUAAACAAUGCCGUCAUUCAAAGGGCGCCGUGUGUACCUGAUCCAUAUACAUUGUUAAACUCUCUUAGAUCAGAUGCAAAAAUAUUUACUGUUGUAGAUAUCAGUAAUGCCUUCUUCUCAAUACCAGUUGAUAAGGAGAGUCAAUUUUGGUUUGCAUUUACUUUUGAAGGGAACAGGUACACAUACACCAGACUGCCCCAGGGCUACUGUGAGAGCCCUACAAUUUAUUCUCAAGUGAUGAGUGCCAGUAUGUCAACAUUUCAACCUCCAGGAGGGAGCCAAGUCUUGUUGUAUGUAGAUGAUGUUUUAUUAGCAUCUCCAAACAUGGAAAUCUGUAAACAAGACACAUUAGCACUUCUAAAACAUCUAGCUGAGGAAGGUCAUAAGGUCAAUAAAAAUAAACUCCAACUGUGUAAAGAACAAGUAAAAUAUUUGGGUCAUAAUUUAAGUGCAGGAGGGCGGACCAUAAUGGAGGAUAGAAAAAUAACGAUUCUCCAAGCACCUAAACCACAAACAAAAAAACAGAUGAUGUCUUUUCUGGGAUUAACUAACUAUUGUCGAAACUGGGUGCCUAACUAUGCAGAAAUUGUGGCCCCUUUAAGCAAAUUAAUGUAUGAAAAAGAUCUGAAAAUGUCUUCCUCUUUGGAAUGGACAGAGGCAGCAGAGACAGCACUAAGUGAAAUAAAGCAGGCCCUAGUGUCAAGUGCUGCGCUCGCCUUACCAGACUAUAAAAAACAUUUUUUCCAGAUGGUGGAUUGCAGAGGUCAGUAUAUGACCUCGGUGCUAGUUCAGCAACAUGGUGAUAAAAUGAGACCAAUAGCAUAUUUUUCUUCCAAACUUGAUAGUGUGGCGUGCGCCCAGCCUCCCUGUGUGAGAGCAGUGAUUGCUGCUUCAAUGGCAGUAGAAGUUAGUGCUCCUAUUGUACUGUUUCAUCCGUUAACAUUAAAAGUACCACAUGCAGUUUCAGCACUAUUAUUACAAACAAAUAUGAUUUUUUUAUCGCCUGCGAGGCAUCUCUCUUGUAUGAGUACAUUAUUAUCACAACCUAAUCUAACUAUUGAAAGAUGCACAAUUUUAAAUCCUGCAACUUUGUUACCUCUUCCAGAUGAUGGUACAAAGCAUGAUUGUCAGGAAAUGGCAGAACAAAAUGCAAAGAGUAGAAAUGAUUUAAAAGAUCUACCAUUAGGUCACGGUGAAAUACUUUUUGUUGAUGGUUCCUCAAAGAAAAAUGUACAAGGGACAACUCAAACUGGUUAUGCAGUAGUGACUGAAAAACUAGUGUUAAAAGCUGAAAAACUUCCCUCGCAUUAUUCAGCUCAGGCUGCAGAAUUGAUAGCGCUAACCACCGCUUGUAAACUAAUGAAAGAUAAGGAAGUGACGGUUUACACCGAUAGUCAAUAUGCGUUUGCAACAGUACACACGUUUGCACAAUACUGGAAAAAUAGGGGUAUGAUAACUUCUACAGGAAAACCAGUAACUCAUGCAGACUUAUUAAAAGAUUUGCUACAAGCUGUGCAGCUACCAAAACAACUAGCAAUCUGUAAAUGUGCUGCACACACCACAGGGAAAGAUAAAGUGUCUCUAGGGAACGCCUUUGCUGAUGAGAUGGCAAAAAAAGCAGCGGAGGGGCAAAUAAAGGUCUUACAUAUGG